AUGGAUUCAAACAAAGUUCAAAUCAAAAUAUUGGUUGUUUCCACUCCUCCUCCUCCUCCGUUGAAGCGGUGGUUCCCGGUGUUGAUUCCGAUGAUUCUGGUGGUAAAUGUGAUCUUGUUUUUGGUGACAAUGUAUGUCAACAAUUGUCCAGAGCUUUCCAUUCCUCCCACUUCAUGUUUUGCUACAUUUCUUGGUCGAUUCUCGUUCCAGCCACUCGAACAGAACUAUCUCCUUGGUCCUUCCUAUUAUCCGUUAAUAAAGAUGGGUGCUCUACAUGUCGACAAACUGGUCCAUAUUCACCAGGCUUGGCGCCUAUUCACAUCUAUGUGGUUGCAUCAUGGGGUUCUCGAUUUGCUUUCUAACACGUUGUUUCUUGUAAUCAUUGGAAUUCCUCUUGAGAAGGAAUUUGGAUCUGUUCGAAUUGGAUUGGUGUAUGUUAUAUCUGGUUUGGGAGGAAAUUUGCUGUGUGUUUUAUUCCUCGAUUCAAUCAUCUAUGUUGGUUCAUCUGGCGCAAUAUCAGGCUUACAAGGAUUGAUACUAUCAGAGCUUUUAACAAAAUGGAGAAUACAUACUCAUAAGUUUGUUAAGCUGUUGAUUCUUAUUUUGCUCAUUAGUACCGACUUAGCUCUUGGAACUUUUCCAUUUGAAAAUAAUUUUAGUACCAUUGGAGGGUUUACAUCAGGAUUUCUUCUUGGAUUUGCCAUUUUGAUUCGUUCUCAGUAUAAUGGGGUUAAUCUAACCAAGUCUAAUUCUUCUCCGAAGCAAGAAUCUUAUCAAUAUGCCCUUCGGGUUAUCUCUUUUGUGCUACUAAGUGUUGGAUUGGUGGGCGGCCUAGUCUUGUUCUUUAAAUGGGUGGACUUGAAUGAUUACUGCUCUUGGUGCCAUUGUAUAACUUGUGCUCCUCCCAGCUGUAAACUAGGCUACAUUUCUUGUGAGGAUUACCAGAUCGGAAACCAACUUAAGUGA